GAAUACCAUGGGGUGCAGAACUCUGUGCUUUGGACUAUCUUGUAUUCUUUUUGCUUAUUAUAUUUCUGCUCCCAUCCCAGAAAAUGUUGAAGAAAUCUGGAAAGUAAGGGCCUUGGAUGCUCUGAUAAAAAUAACUUCAUUUACGGGAAAGUGGUUCCGAUGUCAACUCAGUUUUCAAAGCUUUUCCUGUGCUGUUUGUGUGCCUUCGCCAUGCUUCUUUGAUUCGGCUAAUCACUGCAGUUUGCAGGCUACCUUAUUUGAAAAUAUAGGUCUUAUGAAGUAUGAAGAAGUAUUUUCCACAUUAGUAAAACUGGACAUUACAAAACCAGUUUCAGAUCAAAACAUUACAGUGACUGACACCACCUUUAGUGGUAUUCCAGUACGUUUGUAUUUACCAAAAAGGAAGUCAGAAAGACAGAGACGGGCUGUAAUUUAUCUUCAUGGUGGCGCCUUUGUCAUUGGAAGUUGCAAGAAUUCGCCUUAUGACUUGCUGAACAGAGAGACGGCAAACAAACUUGAUGCUGUUGUUGUGGGAGUGGACUUUAGACAACCUCCUCAAUAUUAUUUCCCUGCUGCCAUUGAAGAUAUUCUUUCUGCGGUCAAGUUCUUUCUACAGGACAAAAUUCUUGAAAGAUAUAGAGUGGAUCCCACACGAAUCUGUAUCACAGGUGAUAGUUCCGGGGGUACAUUGGCAGCAGCAGUGACUCAACUGCUAAAGAAUGACCCAGUAUUCAAAAAUAAAAUUAAGGCUCAAGCUUUAAUUUACCCUUUUUUACAAAUCCUUGAUUCCUUCACGCCAUCUCACCAAGAAUAUAAACAUGGCCCAUUGCUAACAAGGGAUAUCGCAAUUAAAAUGGUAUGCUUAUAUUUGACCAGAGAUGAAGCACUUCCUCAGGCAACAAAUAAAAACCAACAUAUGCCUCAAGAAUCAAGACAUCUGUUCAAGUUAGUCAACUGGAGUACCUUUCUUCCUGAUAAGUAUAAAAAGAACUAUAUUUAUACAGAACCAAUUCUUGGACGACUUGACGUAUCAUAUCCAGCACUUUUGGAUAGUAGGUUAUCACCCUUGUUAGUGAAUGAUUCCCAGUUACAAAAGUUGCCAUUAACUUAUAUCAUCACCUGUCAACAUGAUAUUCUAAGAGAUGAUGGACUUAUAUAUGUCACACGACUUCAGAAUGUUGGAGUUAACGUUGUUCAUGAUCAUAUAGAGGAUGGAAUUCAUGGAGCUCUAUCACUCAUAUCACCACGAUUUUAUUUACUCUUAGGCAUUAGAAUAAAAGAUAAGUAUAUUAACUGGUUAGAAGAAAAUCUAUAAAUCCAUAAAUCGUACAUGUCAGUAAUCACUUAGUUAGUAUUAUAAUCCAAAGAUUAUGUUUUAAAGUCUUGCGAGUUUAAUGGAUAGAACGAUGGUAUGAGUUUGGGAUAAAUCAAAGUUUAAAUCAGAGUACUUUUAAAUGUAAGUUUAAAUUGUGUACUUUUGAAUAAAUUAUUUAGUUUUUCUACUGUUAAACCUUGCUAAAAUGAAGACAUUAUUGUAUUAUUCCAAUUUGAUUUACUUUGCUUGAUAAACACUAAAUAUUCACUAAUAUCAGUAAAGUAUAAAAGUGACUAUGGUUAUAGGCAACGCAGGCAUAACAGUUUCUUGGCAGUGAUAAGAAUGGUAAUGGUGAGUGAGGGGAAAGUUUAAGGAAGGAAAAUUGCAAUGACAUUUGUAUGGGGUUAUCACUACAUUAUAUUGCAGCCAUUUUUUUCAAUUAGGUAUGGCUCAUACAUUACUUAUAUCUGCCCAAUGUAAAUUCUAUUAGUUUUUUUUUCUAUUCACUUAAUAAAAACAAAAUCUGAUUUCAAAUGUAUUGCUAGGAUUCUUUGCCUAUAGAAGAAAAAAAAUUAACUUCCGUACUCUGAAUUAUUUCUAUAGCCUGAAAUUUUCACCCUUACUCAAACUUUUAGCAAAAUCGCUACAAACUUUUAGCAAAUUUUACUACAUUGAUUGCUAUGUGCUGAUUAUUAAUCCAAGAAGCUUCCUAACCAACUAUAUGACAGCCAAAAUUAUUUAUUCUAUUAUUUUGAAUUACCAGAUUAAAUCAUAUAUCCUUAUGCAGGAUAUAUAAGUAGCAAGAUACUUAAGCUGAUAAACUCAGGAGCUCUUGACUUCCUUGUGAUGAUGAGACCAAUUCUCAUGUCAGCCUAUACCAACCUCACAAUUAAAAUGCAUUCCCAUUAUGAGGCAUUAGAAGUAAUUUUUGAGGUCCUUGUGAUGCUGCUGUUUGCCUGAUAUUGUUUUCUCUGUUCUGGAUCUUUUAUUAACGCUGACUGAAUAUGGUGUUGUGUAAAUUCACUUGUUCCUGUGGAUUUGAUUGAUAAUCAAAUACCAAAACUUUUUUCUUUUGGCCUGCAGCUUAUUCACUUGCUGUUUGGUCAUCUCAACAAUAAUCUGUUCACUAAUUUUCACCAGAGUUUACCAUAUACAUCUCUUCACUAAAAUUCAAAUACUGAGCUAUAUUUCAUAAGCUUGAGAAUGUGUUGAUGAAUAUGUUUUCUUUGCUAUUAGUUGUUUCAUGACACGUAUAAAGCUAUGACCUCCUGUGCAAUAAUGAUCUGGUUGUUUCACUUAUAAAUCAUAAGGGACAUUGAUAAACUCAUUUUAAAGCAGAAUUGACACAAAAAAUUUGUUUGCCAGACUUAACUAUUAAUCAUUUAAGUCAUGUGAGUAGGUAUUAUAUGUUCAAAGUUUGUUUUGCAAACACUGUACAGCAGGAAAUGCCUGUAGAUUAAUUCCAGCAUUCAUGCAUGUACUUGUUCAUUGAUUCAUUCACAAAUUUUACUGAGUAUUUUGUAUAAUGGCUAAAUUUCAAAUAAGUCAUGAACAUGGAGAAAAGAUUAGAAAACUGUCAUUUUUUGGUUCACAAUGCAAAUAUUUUGAGGUAAGUUAUUUAAACGUUAAAUAUACAGCAUGGAACAUAAAAAAGCAAAGAAGAAUUAAAUAUGAAUUAUAUAAAUUCAGUUACCAUCCAAAUUAUCAAUCUUUUGGUUAAUAUACAUGAUUGAACAUCAAUUUUAUGAUAAUAUGUAACAUGUUUCCCUAGAAACUUGUUUAAGCAAAUUGCUAGUGACAGAGUAAUUUUGUAUCUGAUAUGUUUUAGAAGUAGGUACAGAAUUACCAGUUCAUUUAAAACAUGAAGGAAAUAAUUAUUUCCUGAGAUAUAAAGGGGUCAAAGACAACCUCUUAGUUGAAAAAAGAAAAUUAAUAGAAUACUUAGCAUUAAAGUGACUGGAAGUUGAGUGACAGUCUAUUACAAAGGUGUCAGAAGCAGAUAAGUUUGUAGCCCAUUUUAUUUCAUAUUUCAAAUCAAUUCAUGUAAAUGCUCACGAAAAUAUUUUACAUAAAGUAAAAAGUUAAAAGGCUGUGCAACCUCUUUCAUUAAUUCAGCAUAAUUUUUUUUAUUAUUAUACUUCAAGUUGUAGGGUACAUGUGCACAUCAUGCAGGUUUGUUACCUAUGUAUACAUGUGCCAUGUUGGUGUGCUGCACCCAUUAACUCGUCAUUUACAUUAGGUAUACCUCCUAGUGUUAUCCCUCCCCCCUCCCCCCACCCCCCAAUGGGCCCCAGGGUGUGAUGUUCCCUUUCCUGUGUCCAAGUACUCUCAUUGUUCAGUUCCCACCUAUGAGUGAGAACAUGCAGUGUUUGGUUUUUGUCCUUGCAAUAGUUUGUUGAGAAUGAUGGUUUCCAGCUUCAUCCAUGUCCCUACAAAGGACAUGAACUCAUCAUUUUUUAUGGCUGCAUAGUAUUCCAUGGUGUAUAUGUGCCACAUUUUCUUAAUCCAGUCUAUCAUUGUUGGACAUUUGGGUUGGUUCCAAGUCUUUCCUAUUGUGAAUAGU